AUCAUCGGCAUCCUCAACGUUCAGCACAAUUGUCACAAAGGUAAAUGUGAACCCACCGGAAGAAGACAGCGGCAACAAGAGCGAACACAGACAGACAUUGAAGAAUCAUACAUCGAACACAAGGACGAGAAGAGGUACAUUGUCAAUACGCACGCUCUGCACAAUGCUGCUCUUCUACGCAAACUCCUACCUCGACACCUCACCGCUCCUGUUCCUCAUAUCAAACCCGACGAACGCAAGGCAGCACAUCACGAAAUGGCUGCUGCGCUGAGGACCGCUCAGGAUACUCGG